AUGUCAAAAUGCGAAAAGUUUUUGCAUGAACUGGAAGAUUUGAAUCAAAGUCAAAGGUGGAAAAAAGUUGUGGAGAUGGGACGCGCCGCACACGCGGGGGGUGAGGCCUCCAGCGAGUUGGCGUUACUCCUGCAGCUCUCACAGUCUGGGGUUCCGUACGAGCGAGUGCUUGGAGCAAUGGGACUUUGUCAGACGAACUGCAGCAGUGAAAUUAGGAGGCUUUUGCGGGACCCAUGCGACCGCGUUGCCAUUCUCGCAAUGAUGCCUGCGGCGGUACAUUUAUCAGAUAAUGAUUUAUGUGAACUUUUCAAGGAGCUGCCGCGCCGACGUCUUUCAUUUCUGUGCGAACGCUUGGACCAUAAGAAAAGACUCCCGGCGGUUGCGGAUAAGUACAUUGCGACGCUACCACCCCUUGUAAGAAGCAGUUCGGCACACGCCCUCUUGUGUUGGGCGUCCGAAGCCCUCUUAGCCAGACAGAAUCCAUUGGCACUAAGACACUUCAGCCGAAGUGAAUGGUACACGGUGGUAAAACGGCUGCCGGAUUUUGCAUUGGCAUUCGCUGAGAAGGGCCUGAAAGACGCCGCAACACUCGAAAGCGCCAGCGAACGGAUACAUGUAAUUCUCAACGCGUUUCGGCGCUUUUAUCCAUCCGUUGGUCUGAAGCUUCUCACCUCUGCCAUGAAUCACUUUUGUGUUCCGGAUGAUUGUAUCGUCGCCUACUCGAACAUUUUUCCCGAAGCCGUGGCGGAACUUGUUGUGAAACACAAACGUUUGUGCGUAUUUGAUGUGUGGCGGCCACCAAAGAAUUUACGUCACGAAACUUUUCUCGCUCUAAUUGAUUCGGGUGGAAUGCAGCACACUCACGUAACGGAUUUUUUUCUGCUUGCACCGCCAAAGUUACGCUCAUUUCUGUACAAUUCGCGAAAUGAUAUGUUUAGAAACGCCAACGGUUCAAUGAAUGUUGAUGUACUUUUUUAUGUCACCGAUCCCGCGGAGCGCCGACGUGAGGGGAUGCGGGCGCUCACGGAAAUUGCGGAGCUGCGCACCGAUCCCAUCGAGUGGCUAAAAUAUCUUUUUGUCUUGCCCUUUCCAGAGGCAUUGGAAUUGGCUGGGCGGUAUCUACAAGUCUCCUGUGUAAAUACCCGCGCUGCUGCCUGCGCCUCUUUGGUAAAAACUGGCAGUUUUCAUCCGGAGCACCUUCAUGAUAUUCUUGAUUUUUGCGUCAAGCGUGGGAAGGAAAACGACAUUGUUCGGCAUAAUUUUCUUUCAGAAAUAAGUGGCAUUCCCCCGCACCUCUGGAAGGAAGACCAUUACCCCAAGCUGGUUAAAAUUAUCCAAGGUGCAUUUGACUCCAGAGAUGCAUCGACCGCAACGUUUUCUUCAAUAAUGUCGCUGAUCCGGGGUACGGUACGCUUCAACACGGUGCUUGCUGACAAAUUUCUUUUGAACAUUUUAAAUCGUGGCUUCCAAUUCUUGUUGUCGAAUACGAAGCAAAUUCCACGGGCUGUUAUGGAGCAUCUUUGGAAAUUUAUGCUGCCGUGGCUUAAGGAAAGGGUGGACAAAAAGGCAUUUUCCACCGUGAAUUACAUCCUAGAGGAAGUGGGUCCAAGCUUGCAUUUUGUCGCGGAGAGCAGUGUGCCGUUUAUGAAAACUCUGCUCAAGAGCAGUGAGAGUUGUGCAGCCAUAAAUGCUUUUAAAGUUCUGUUUCGAUUCUUUCGCCCCACUGCAAUGGAAUUACUGCCAGGUUUACUGGAGGAAUCGUUGGAAUGGAUUGGCGUGGAUGAAGUUCGGCAUGUUGUAAGCUUGCAUCUCCAGGGCCACUGGCUGGAUCGAUAUCUUGUGCCCAUUCAAACCAACGGACGCUUGGGUACCCGUAAGGGUCAGUGGCUGGUUGUGUUUCGUAACGGGCACUGCUGGACGGCGGCGAAGCAGGAGAAAUACGCCAAGUCCAUUUCUCGUAACCUGUCAUGUGCAAACUAUUCGCGUGAGUUUAUAUUGGGGAAUCUUGCUGCGCUGCGGAAACUGUACAGCGCUAACGUGACGGAGGCUCUUGCUCCUUUUAUAAAAGAAGAGCAUACGGAUCCAUUUUUGUGGAGCAAUGCCAUUGAACUUCUUGGAAAACUGGACGAUGCGGCAUCGCUCAAGGUGCUCAAAGACGCUUUUAACGAUGAGAGGGUACGUGUGGCUGUUUACGCGAUUCGACGUCGUAUUUGCAACCUACCGACGGCACAAAUAAUUGAGGAACUUGAUGUGCCACUCCACUCCAAAUUGGUGGCUGUACAGAAGGUGGCUCUUCGCCAUGUUUGUGACGCCGGCGAUGAUGUGGCAUACGCCUACCUGAGUCAACUACGACACGGCGAAAAAAUGCACCCUAAUUUAGAAGCUGUAUGGCUUUCCGCCAUGUUUCAAUUCUUGGAGAAGCGGGAGGUGUGGGACAUCUUCAUGGAUGUUGCGAAGGGCAAAGAGUACAUUUUGGCGAAGACUCUUGUCGAUGUUCCGGAUGACACGCUUGUGGAAGAUUGGCAGCUGGUUAACCUCGACAAACUGCUUGCCGUGUUGUUGUCUUGUGAGGAACUUACUGUGGUGUUGGCGGUUCUUGAACGUUUGAAAAAGCGGUCACUCCGUCGUGAUGAAGAGGUGGUGCGUACUAUGUUGCACAUUCUGAAAACAACCACCAUCAACGAAAUUAUGAACUUAACAGUUGGCGCUCUUUGUAUCUCCACCGCCGAAAAGCAGGAAGUCGCCUCCGCGUUUUUGAGUCUUCGUCCGGAGUCGCGGCUGUGGAGAGUUGCCGACACACUCAUCCAAUUACGUCACACCGCGUGUGACCGCUUUAAGGAAAUUGCCGUUGCGUAUAUGAAACUUCUGCUAGAGAAUUGCUGCCAGACCGCGGUGGUGUGUCAACUCAUUUGCUACCUGCCUGUCAAGGACCUCCUACGACAUCUCAAUGAUGUCCUACAGAGGGGCCUUCUACAUGCCGGUGCUGUGAAUAGCAUGCUGAGAAGUCUCAAGUGCACCGCCGAAAUUGUUAAUGAAUUUGAAGCCGUAGAGAACCAACUUCGACAGCACGAACAUCCCCACAUGCAGCGUAUUGGGCUUGCGAUGCUUGAAUCGGCUGCCUCCACCGGGAAGUGGGAUGAGAAUCGGCGCAAAGCACUGGAGGUUUACCGCAACGCAAGUGAUGGGUGGGUGAGCGAUGAUGCCAAGAUGGUAGAUCUUCCACGGGAGUGA